GUGCAGGCUAGGUUUUGAAGUACCGCGUGGGGAGGGAGCCCUAGAAUUUUAGCUUAGUGACUACGCUGUGAGGGCACGUCGGUAGGCACUUCACGGCUGGUUAUGUAGGUGAUUUAUGGCAUGUGAAGAUGAUAGGUUAGUACCCUUGCAGACCUCUGGGCUUGAUUUAACUCAGCUGAAGACUGGGUGCCCUAAAGCAGAGGAGGGCUCAAGGUCCUGGGAGCUGUUCCUUCAUCCAAAUGGCAAUUAAAGUAAGAGUGGAGGAGUUUGAAUAGAUAGUAGAAGGCCAACAAGGAAACCUUCAACGUCUUCUGUGGAACGAGUUGCUCUGGAGACCCAAGUUCUCAGGAGUUAUAAAUGAGGAUACCUCUUUGCGAAGGAGGCCAGAUGUCUAAGAAGAAAUAUGGGAUAUGCCGAUGCUUCCUGCCUAAAAAGAGCUUUCACACUUGUGGAAUCAGAAUGUGUCACCAAAUACCACCAAACUCCAUGAGGACAGAAGCUCCGUCUGGUUAUUGAUUCAUAUCCUUUAGUAAACUGAUAAAUGUAUGAUUUAAAUCUGGAUGAAAUAAGAGCUUUGACGUUUCAGAGAGUGAAGUUUGUCAUGGGUCUACCUGUGUUAAAACGUGCUAUUCAGGACCAGGCAGAGAAAACAAAGAAUUUUGUCAGUCGAAGCCUGGUCAUAGGAGAAGUCCUCUCCAUAGCAGACAUGGCCACAGGAGUAAAGUGUGGAAUAAUUUAUUGGCUAUUUGGUGGUGCAGUCAGGAACCUUGGAAGCCCAGGACAUGUCACUAAGUGGCUUCAGCCCCUCCAGGAGCAGAAAUACACUGGGAUGUUUGCAAUGACCGAGAGGGGCCAUGGGAGCAAUGUGAGAGGGAUCCAGACUGAAGCCACCUUUGACCUCUCAGCGCAGGAGUUUGUGAUCGACACGCCAUGUGAAAAUGCUGAGAAGAUGUACAUUGGAAAUGCGAUGUAUGGGAAUUACGCCGCUGUCUUUGCUCAGCUCAUCAUAAACGGAAGAUCGCAAGGGCCCCACUGUUUCAUUGUUCCUGUUCGUGAUGAGAAUGGAAGCUUGUACCCUGGAGUGACAGCUAUCGAUAUGAUGUACAAGGAAGGUCUGCAUGGUGUGGAUAAUGGGAUUUUAAUAUUUCACAAGGUUCGGAUACCAAGGGAGAACCUGCUGGAUAAGUUUGGUUCUGUGGCUCCAGAUGGGCAGUACCACUCUCCUAUUAAGAACAAGAGUGCAAGAUUCAAUGCGAUGCUGGCAGCACUGACCCCUUCGAGAUUAGCUGUGACUUUCCAAGCUCUGGGUGCCAUGAAGCUUGGGUUGACGAUAGCCAUUCGCUACAGCCACAGCCGGAGGCAGUUUGGGCCUAAGGCCAAGGAAGAAGUAAAGAUCAUUGAGCACCAAACACAGACCCUUCGGCUGAUGCCUCAUCUGGCCACAGCCUUGGCCUUGACCUUCGUCAGCAGGUAUGCAGGAUUCCUCCUGGACGAGGACAUCUUCCAUGGGAAGGAGUUUGUGGACAGUCGCCCGCUGCAGGCACUGGUGGCAGGGCUGAAGGCCUACAGUACCUGGGAGAACGUCAGCUGCCUGCAGGACUGCCGCGAGUGCACAGGAGGCAUGGGUUACAUGAUGGAAAACCGAAUCUCAGGCCUAAAAUGCGACACAGAUGUGUUUGUGACUUUUGAAGGUGACAAUGUUGUUAUGCUGCAGGUUGUGGUGCGGGCACUGCUGGCUCAGUACAGCAAACAGCAUAAAGAGAAGCCACUGGUCUGCUGCCUCCGAAACUGGGCGGAGUCUGGGAGGGACAAGCUGAGAACCAGCUUCCUGGCAUUUAACAUGGACACAGUCGAUAAUCUCGCCUUUCUAUUGAAAGCAGUGAAUUUUCGUGAAAGAGUCCUUCAGCGGAGUUUGGUGGCCAGAAUUUAUUAUAAGGUGAUGACCAAGAAAGAGGACUUUUUCAGUGCCUGGAACGCGUGUCUUCAUCACGUUGCCUGCCUGUCUCUGGCACACAUCCACAGAGUUACGUUAGAACAGUUCUGCCUGGCGGUGAGGAGCUGUCCUGGCCGAGAGGACCAGGCCUUGUUCAUGAAGUUUUGUCUGUUAUAUGGAACCAAGCUGGUGUUCCAGGAGCGAGCCUGGUAUCUAGAACAUAAAUAUUUGACUCCCAUGGCCAGCACGAAGAUUAGGAAUCAGUUGCUGGAUUUGUGCGACUCGGUGAAGGAUGAUGCCCUGAGGGUGAUCUCUGCCUUUAACAUUCCACACACCUCCCUCCACGCACCAAUCGCAGGAAUCACCAAUGCGCAGGCCGCCUGGGCCUUCUACCCGGCACCGCUGCAACCCGAGCCCCGAGAAGGGGCGCGCUUUCAGCCGCCCAAGCUGGGAGCCAAGUUAUAGCGGGCGUGGUGCGAAGGGUGGUGGCUCGCUCGCAGCUGCCACGACACUAGCUUCUCUGACGCCUGAACUGGGGCCAAGGCCGGCCUGGCAUGCGCUGGGCCUCGGCCCUCGGGGAUUUGGGGCGCAGAACAGGGUAGGCUGGCGAGGUGCGAUGGUUUGUUGGGAUAGGGAGCCCGGCGGCAGCCCGGAACACGGGGCUUUAUUAUGUAACCCCGCCGGCCGGCAGCACCCUCUCCCAGCUUCCGCGCCCGACCUCCCUAGACACUGGUCUCCGCUGUGAAUGCGCCCCACAGCCAGCUGCCGCCAAAGAUCUCUCGCGGUCAGCGGCGACUCAGAUUUACAGUGAUUUUGAAAACGCAAUGGCGUUGCGUGAAAAAAAAAAAAAUCAAAACAUAAAAAUCAAACACUCGCGGGCAAAGUUUCAGUUCAGCAAGCGAUUCUUUUCCUGUGAAUCAGACCCUCUUGGGGUCUCAGAGAAAACGCACAGAUUGGGAAAGGGGAGUUUGCGCCUGGAGUUUGGCUCUGGGCACAGCGCGAACCCCGGCUUGACCUCCCAGGCAGGCGGCUUCCGGACCUUAAGACAACGCACGGAAAAUAUUUUUACCAUAUGAAAUUGUAAUCUGUUCUUUAGAGAAGCAUAGAUAACAAAGUUUAAUAAAGACAUUAAUUGAUGGGAA